AGUCGACGACGUGCGCGUUACAAACUUGGCUAACAGCAAAAAGCGAACAUAAGUUUUUCGAACGUACGAAAGAAAACGACGGAAAUGAAGUUGGCUAAGAAGUGCUCCACCUACUUGCUGAUAUGCCUGGUACUGCUGGCCUGCUGUCUGCAGGAAUCGGAGGCCACGCGUCGUGUGAACCGCGGUCGACGCACCCUUACCCGCCGAUACUUCAGUGGCCUGGCUAUUCCCGGAUGGGCUCUCAUCGUGUGCGUAGCGCUGGCUGAGCUGCUGGUUGGCGGAGCCCUCUACUUUAUCCUGAAGAAGGUGAUCCUGGACAAGGAACCAGAUCAGACGGCUGCCUCCUACACGCCCGCCCAGACGCAUGCCACGGCCACGCCCUAUACUCCUGCCCAGACCCAGGAUCCGGCCACGGCCACAACCUAUACUCCUGCCCAGACCCAUGAGACGGCCAAUGUGACACCCACGCCCACGCAUGCCACCGCCAUUGUCUAAGUAGAUGACCACCUUGAGUUCAUAACCCUUUCCAAAUCAGUUCAAAUUCCACCAUUAACUAGCUUUAUUGUCAUUUAAUCGACACACAAAUAGAACUUGUGCCCUUUGUUUGCCUUCAUUUUCGAAUAAAAUAACUUGCCGCUUGUCUGGCGCCAAACUA